CUCGAUAUAGACGAUGAAAAAAUGUUUUGGGGUUACGGGGAUAUGCCAGUAUCGCAGUGCAGCAUGCCAUGUCCGCUCGGAUAUCGCAAGCAGCUCAUCAAGGAUGAAAUAUGCUGCUGGGCUUGUGGUAAAUGCGAAGAUUAUGAAUUUCUGGCAAAUGAGACAACAUGCGUGGAUUGCGGUGAGGGUUGGUGGCCAACGGCAAAUCGUAAAAGCUGCUUUGAUUUGGCCCGAUCCAACCUGAAAUAUAUGAGAUGGUCUUCGUGGUACUCCAUAGUGCCUGCUGUAUUUGCCGUCAUCGGUAUUUGCUCAACUAUUGCUGUGAUUGCUGUCUAUUUGAGGUACCACGAUACGCCGGUGGUGAAAGCAUCCGGUCGCGAACUUAGCUAUAUUAUUUUAAUAUCCAUGAUAAUGUGCUAUGCCAUGACUUUUGUGCUCAUUUCACGACCCACCACGAUUAACUGUGCAAUUAAAAGGACAGGUAUUGGUUUUGCAUUUUCUUGCUUAUACGCAGCGUUGCUGGUCAAGACGAAUCGAAUAGCUCGCAUAUUUUCACAUCGUUCUGUGCAGCGGCCAAUUUGUAUUUCUCCGGUUUCACAGGUGUUCUUAACCGUGAUGCUUGCCGGUCUUCAACUCAUCGGGUCACUUAUAUGGCUUUUAAUCGUCCCACCUGGUACGAGGCAUUAUUAUCCGACGCGGGAUCAAGUUGUGCUCAAAUGCAAUGUGCCUGAUCAUCAUUUUCUUUAUUCAUUAGCUUAUGAUGCUGCACUCAUUGUUUUAUGCACCGUUUAUGCUAUUAAAACUCGUAAAGUGCCAGAAAAUUUUAACGAAACACGUUUCAUUGGUUUCACAAUGUACACUACAUGCGUUCUGUGGCUUUCAUGGAUAUUUUUCUUUUUCGGUACGGGUAGUGAUUUUCAGAUACAAACGACAUCGCUCUGUAUGUCGAUAUCGAUGUCUGCCAAUGUUGCACUGGCCUGCAUAUUUUCGCCUAAAAUGUGGAUAAUAUUAUUUGAAAAACACAAAAAUGUACGGAAACAGGAUGGCAUGUUUUCCAAGAGGUAUUGUUUCUUUUUGUAG